UUUACCCAGAGUACAUUGCGAAAAAGACAGAGGAACAUGGCGCAGACUGAGAGGCGACGCUGAGACUCCAGGGGAAACGAUAUUCAAGAGGAAAUUUUUGGAAAACGUUGAAGCCCUAAAAUGCGAGUGUGAAAUGGUCUCACUCCCGAAGUCUUGGAUAAUUGCCGCUGCUCCAUUGAUGAGUAAAAGGAGACCGGACGACCUGGAAAAUUCUUGCAAUUGCAUCCAUAAACAUUUCUUUAGGACUCACAACCCCUGAGUUUUCAUUUUGUGGUUCAUAAAACUCACAGGUUUCAUUUUAUAAACACGUGGGAGAAUGUCCGAAAGACAUGUGCGGAAAGACGAAUUCCCGCAUGGGGUUCGUCGACUUCGCGAAGAACACAAAAAGGUGGUCACUGGCUGUGAGGAGCAGAUCCAACACUGGAAAAAGGUGGAGGCGGAUUACAGCUCCCUGCAGGAGAGGCUCGGUACGCUUCCGGAUAGGCUGUCCUAUGACAUCAUGGUACCCUUCGGACCUCUUGCCUUCAUGCCGGGGAAGCUGGUCCACACCAACGAGGUGACGGUGCUGCUGGGAGAUAACUGGUUCGCCAAGUGCUCGGCCAAGCAGGCGGCGGACCUGGCUGAGCACCGGAAGAGCCACGUAAGGAAGACCCUCGAUGACCUGAGCAAAGUGGUGAAGAACUUUGAAACCCGUGCUGGAUUCACUGAAGAUCUACAAAAAUUAAGUGGCGACAAGGGAGACUAUGUGGACAUCAGAGAAGAGAUGAAAGAUGGAGAAGAAUCCCUCACAAAAGGGAAGAGGCGGCUGGCCCAUAAGCCCUUCUCUAAGCCCAAGGUGGAGGACGUGCUGGAGCUGCCGGAGGAGGAGGAGGAGGAGGAGCAGGAGGAGAUGCAGGAGCAGGGGGGAGGUGCUGGGGGCCGGCGGGGAGUUCUGUCUGAGGAGGAGCUGUGGGCCCGGCUGGACGAGCUGGAGGCGCAGGAGGAGCAGCUGGAUGAGGAGGACAGAACGUUCGACACCGCCGACAUGAACGGGGAGGACACGACGUCCUCCUCCUCUUCCUCCGAGGAAGAGAAGGACGGCGAAGGGGGGCGCCUGACCAACGGGCUCCACGGCGACGAGGGCUGGCCCCCGGAGGAUCGGGGUGACCCCGGGCCCCUGCCCCCCCAGAGCAACGGGACGGGUCAGCCGCGCACGGACGGGGAGGGAGAGGAGGAGGAGGGGGAGGAUGAAGACGGCGAGGAAGAGGGCGAGGAGGGAGGCGUGCCGACCAUCUACUUCUGUCACACCAAGGAGCCCAAGAAGGUCAGGAUCAACACGGGGAAGAACACCAUGCUGAAGUUCAGCGAGAGGAAGGAGGAGGCAAAACGCAAGAAGAAGAACGGCAGCAACCACGGCAACGGCCACGGCCACUCCCACCACGAGCUCUCCAGGAUCAAAUCACCGGCUGACAUCUACAGGGUGUUCGUGGACGUGGUGAACGGCGAGCUGGUCCCGCGGAAGUCCAUCCUGAAGUCGCGCAGCCGGGAGAACAGCGUGUGCAGCGACACCAGCGAGAGCAGCGCCGCCGACUUCGAGGAGCGCCGCGGGUUCGGGCGCGCCCUCAGCCACGACGAGGGCGCCCACAGCGACACCAGCGAGGGCGUCUCGGAGCAGGACAGUCCCACGGGCCGGGCCCCGCACUUACUUGCCCACUUUGAGGCAUUUUCAGGGACGGUGGUUGAGAAGGACCCCGGGCUGCCGUCGUCCAUUCCUCACCUGACCAUCUCCCCGCCCGCGCUGCCCACCAUCCCAGAGAGGAAGUGUGAGGACCUGGCCCCGGAGGGCCCCCAGGGGCCCCCCAAAAGGGUCUCCAAGUUCAAGGCCUCCAGGGCCAAAGUGAUCAUGUGACUCCCUCAAACCCCGCCCCCCCCAAACCCCUCCCCCCUCCCCCGGGUUCAAACCCUUUUUAGCUUUAUUUUGUACUGAUACACUUUACACUAAGCAGGUGCCAUCCUUCUUCUCUCUAGCUCCUCUCUUUUUUCCCCUCCUCCUCCCUUUCAUCAUCACUCGAACCCUUUUCUUUUAAGUGGUCUUGUAGCAGCGAGCUUUGUGUUUCUCUGUGGCUCCGUAGCUAGCUGCCCGUCGUUCGCGGUUCUCCCCCCCCCCCCCCGUGGUAAGGGGAGUCAUGACAGCGGCGUUAGGUGACAUCACCUGCAGUAACAUAGGGGCUAAUCCAUCUUCAGCGAUCCCACUGCGGAGGUGCGCUUGCUGUAGAAGCUUUACCUGUGCCAGUCUGCCAGCAGGUGGGAGGGGUCUACUUUACAGGUGGCCAGUCUACCUUAGGAGCCACGCCCGCUACUGGCCGCGCCCGUUUCUGCAGCAUGACCGGCAGAUCCAGGGUCAGGCCUCCUUGGUGUAUUCAAAAAGUGAUCAUUUCGUUGUAGUGUUGAAUCCUUUUUUUUUUGCCCAGGACUACUGGUAACCCUCCCAAGUGUAGGCUUGUGGUCGGCUUGUGGUCGGCUUGACCACACUCGCCUCACCCUUUCGCACACCGGACUAGCAUAAGGGGGGCGCUGCUAAUUACAAAGACUGGCUGCUCGGUGAUCCUUAAACGGGUGAGGAACGCUAGGCUCUAUAGACAAGCAUAUGCCUUCACAUGCUGGGUUUCAGUUUCCUCUUGGUAAGUCAGAGGGGAAGAAGUUAAGGACGCGGUAAGUCUAACCGAGCCCCCGGUUUGAAGGGGGGGAAAAAAAAAAUCUUUGCUUUCGCCACUUUUCCUUGCUUUUUCCUUUGAUGUGUGUCUGCUUCAGUGAUGUGCCUGUUUCAAGCAAAGAUAUUGUGCUUAAAAAAGUGCUGUGAACUUGAAAUGGGAAGAAAAAUAAACGUUUUUUUUGUGAAGA